CCUCCCACCGAAACACGUACGGUGGUACGUACACAGCAAAGCAACGCUGCGCAAAUGGCCUCCAAGCUGAUGCUACUCCAGAAAUCUUCUUCCCACGGCCGGCUGCUUAUAUCGCCGCUGCAUCUCAAUAAUAUUGGACCUCAGCUGAUGAAUGCAGCGGCAGCGGCAGGCGGCGGCAAUGGCAGCGGCAGCAGCAGCACGAACAUCGCUCAGCUGUCCCAAAACCACCAAUCCUGCCUGCAGCAGGUCGAUGAUCGUCAGAGCUGGAAGCUGCCGCUGUUGGCUCCAAGGUGGAAGAAGCCGAGCCGCCAGGACUAUGAGUUAGGUUUUGAUCAUGGUUAUUUUGUAUCCGACGACGAGCUUGAGUACCACGAAUAUGACGAAGAUAUCAAGGCGGUGCUGAGGGAUCCUGACCUCAAUAUCAUGAACAAGAAGAAAGGCUUUCUAAGCAAGAAGAAAGGAAGAAGCAGCAACGGCAACAAGAAAUCAAAAUGACCAUCGAUAUAUCAUCAUCACAACCUACGGCUCUACUUAUUAAUUACUUCACCGCCGGCCUCUCGUUUUCCAUUUCGUUUCUUGUAAUUCUCUGCAUUGCAAAUAAGUGAAGCGUCGACCAAAUCUUCUUGAGCUAGCUGCAUGUGAUCAGCAUGGGAUUAAUUGGCUACAGUCACAUUCUUGUUUGUUAAUUACUCUAUUCUGUUAUUGAUGGUUUCAAUUUUCAAUUCCUUUGGUUGGUUGGUAAGUUUCAGAUUCAGGGGGAAGAAACUAAUUAAGUAUAGUGCAUAGCCCAAUCUGUUUUUUUCCAGCUACAAGAUUACUAAAGAUUGUGAUCAUAA